UGCUACAUUUCAUCCGCAAUGGAGAUGCUGACUUGUUGGCAAAACAUUUCGAGCUAGCUAUAGAUAUAUAUAUAUAUAUAAAUAAUAAUAAUAAUAAUAGCUUACUGCAGGUAGCUAGUUUUGAUGAAAUGGUUAUAACAAAUAGCAACGUUGGAGAGUGUACGAUGUGGUCAACACACUAUGAAUUACAACUUGCCUGCUGUAGGCAAUAAGACUCAAGCGAGAAGAUUGCCCGCUAGGCUAACUCUGCUAGCCAACGGUGUUUACAUAUCUGCAAAGUAAGGAUCAGACUAGUUAGGUAGUUCUCUAGAUGUAUAUGUUUGCAUAACAAAACCGCGUUCAAGAUAGAUCAAUAACUUGGAGCCUUUCCACGUCCUCUGAAAGUCACUAGAAAUGAGUAAGACUGACAUGUCUGUUUAGACCUCGGUACAGAAAAGCUCUAGCCAGAAUUGCGACGUCCGGGAGUUAUAUUUGUCGAGCGAGCUGGAGCCUCAACACGAACCACAAGUCGUGUCAAGCAAGCAAGUUGAAGAGCAACAACACCAUUUGUGUUAUCUAAUCUGUAACUAUGUCUAUGGACGACUUCACUUCGAUCAGCCUGCUUUCCCUGGCCAUGUUGGUGGGGUGUUAUGUGUCUGGAACCAUUCCUCUGGCUGUCAGCUUCUCAGAGGAGAAGCUGAAGCUGGUGACGGUCCUGGGAGCAGGGCUGCUGUGUGGUACUGCCCUGGCUGUCAUCAUCCCCGAGGGGGUCCAUGCCCUGUACGAGGAGGUCCUGGAGGGUGAGGCUCGGCCUGUGUCCCAAAUGGCACCCUAUAUUCCCUUUCAUAGUGUGCCACGCCCCUGGCCAGGUGGAGGUGUGGAGGUGUCCCAGCCCAAGGAAGGUGUGGAUGCAGCUCUGGGGGUCAGUGUGGAGCACAGCCACGGCCACGGCCACGAGCACCUCCAUGCCUACAUCGGGGUUUCCCUGGUCCUGGGGUUCGUCUUCAUGCUGCUGGUCGACCAGAUCAGGCCCACGUACACAGCAGUGCUGGCA